UUUUUUUUUUUUUUGUGGAGUGUGUAUCUUAUACGUUUGUGUAUAUUCACAAAGGUGUGUAUGUGUGUAACCCAGGACCUGAUCUCCAUGUAUUACGGCUGCUCCACCAACAACCCCCUGCUGGACAGCCAGGGCAGUGUGUGUAUCAACUGCAAACAGCCCUUGAUCUACACGGCAUCGUCAUACGGUAGGUUGACACCCGUCUCUUUGUGAUUGAUGUUUGGUUCCAAGGUGUGUUAUUAAUGUGUCACUGUACUGUAAAGGUCCUACCUCUGUCGCAGUUCUACCUGGACGAGGGUAUUGGUGUUGAGGAGGCUGUGUCUGUCAUUGCCCUGGAGGUCCCUCGCAUCGACAGGAUUUUUUUCUCUCGCAUCGACAGGAAUGCCGCAGUAGGGGUAUCCAUUACCUUAUGCACUAAAAUCAACACAUUUCUCAUGAUUUCUCAUUUCUCACAUUUCUCAUUCGUACACGUUUCCAUACAUACACACAUUACAUACAGUAUGUGUACGUGUCAGUGCUGAGGUGUGUGUUCUGAGAAGGUAGUAAUCCAAGUAUUUCUUGGCACUUAUUUAAUUUCUGCCGAGCAGCAUAAGCUGUCAGGCCUAAGUCAUCUUAGCGGUGAGAGUUAAUAGGGUUAGAGGGAAUCUUCUCUCUCAGUUUAAUGACACUAACACCUCAGAGACUUCUCUGUCUGGGAUUAACCUGCCUGCCACAAGGGCACGGUGGCCACGGCUUUUCCUAGAAACCACAUGCUGACUAACUCACUGACUGACCUUUAGUAGUCUACUCUCUCCGUCACUCUUACUGGCUGAGCUCUGAGGGUGAAAUGUUGUGCAUUUCAGUGUUUUUGUUUUUUCUUUGGUGUUAAAAUGCUCAAAGUGGUGGCAUGGGUCUGUUAAUGGUGUAUGGCUUAAAUGUGUGUAAGAAAGCAGGGAGCAGAAGUAUUGUGCACAUCUACGAGUGAGUCCUUAACGGUGUCAGAAUCCCGGUCCCUGAAGCUGGAUGAUGGCACGGAAGACACAAAGGAGGACAUCUUCAUGGCCAAACUCAGCUUUGAGUUGAGGAGGGAGGGACAGAAAGAGGGAAGGAUAUGGGAAGUAAGGAGAGUGUAGGAGAGAUGGACAAGUGGAAGAGGUAAGGAGUGAGAGGCUGGUUAGAAAGGUGGAAGAGAGGGAGGAGAGAAACUAACAGGAGAGUAUGAAUGGAAAGACUCAGUUUCCCUUUACAGCAGGGUGGGUCUGACUAUGUCCCAGUGGUGGUGAGUCGCUCUGUGCUGAGGUCUAUGAGCAGCAGGGAUGUCCUGCUCAAGCCCUGGCCUAAACCCCUUCAGUGAGAGUACUACCGCUCCUUACUGCCUGCUGUCAGCAUCAAUAUGUGCCGCUCCUGGUUCCAGGUACUAAAUAGAUGGAACACACACACACAGAAUUGCACUUCAUGCCCCCUCAUCCCUUUUACACACACACCCAGGUGCAGAAUAGGGAGGUGCAUUUUUUUCUAAUCAUUAAAAUAUUACACAGUACAUGCUCACACACACCGUGGCACUCCAUAGCCCUCUGGCAGAAUCUCAGAAUGAACUCUCUCUAGCUUUUAUUUUUCACUCUAAUCUAGAUGUUCCACAGUGAAGACUAUAAGCUGCCAGAGCUUCAGCUUAACUGCUCUCUCUACUGCUGACUGCCGAUCGAUGAACCCAACUGACCUCCGGAAACUGGUUUAGAAUCACUUAAUCCAUCUCCCAGUUUAUUAAUAUAUUUUAUCAACAUUUCUACUUGGUUAUAAUCCAGCCAAUAAAUAUUUAUGUUCGAUUGUAUGCUGAUCUGGAAUCAGUUACAUGGCUUUCAUCGAAAGUCCAGUCUGAUUGAAAAAGGAGUUGGAGUCAGUUUCUCUCUUGCUCUUCUGAGGAAUAUUCCGCCCAUAUGCUCACACCCGAUCAGAAAUACAGUGUAGACAUUGUUAAUGUUGUAAAUGACUAUUGUACCUGGAAACUGCAGAUUUUUUAAUGGAAUAUCUACAUAGGUGUACAGAGGCCCAUUAUCAGCAACCAUCACUCCUGUGUUCCAAUGGCACGUUGUGUUAGCACAGCUGAAAACUAUUGUGCUGAUAAAAAGUAGCAAUAAAACUGGCCUUUAGACUAGUUGAGUAUCUGGAGCGUCAGCUUUUGUGGGUUUGAUUAUAGGCUAAAAAUGGCCAGAAACAAAGACCUUUCUUCUGAAACUUGCCAGUCUAUUCUUGUUCUGAGAAAUGAAGGCUAUUCCAUGUGAGAAAUUGCCAAGAAACUGAAGAUCUGGUACAACGCUGUGUACUACUCCCUUCACCGAACAGCGCAAACUGGCGCUAACCAGAAUAGAAAGAAGAGUGGGAGGCCCCGGUGCACAACUGAGCAAGAGGACAAGUACAUUAGAGUGUCUAGUUUGAGAAACAGAUGCCUCACAAGUCCUCAACUGGCAGCUUCAUUAAAUAGUACCCGCAAAACACCAGUCUCAACGUCAACAGUGAUGAGGCGACUCCGCGAUCCCGGCCUUGUUAAAUGUUAAAUGUUGAGGGGCGGUAGGUAGCAUAGUAGUUAGAGCGUUGGGCCAGUAACUGAAAGGUUGCUAGCUCGAAUCCCCGAGCUGACAAGGUAAAAAUCCCUAAACAAGGCAGUUAACCUAGGCCGUCAUUGUAAAUAAGAAUAUAUUCUUAACUGACUUAACUGAUAUAUUCUUAACUGUAUUUCUGAUCAAUUUGAUGUUAUUUUAAUGGACAUAAAAUGUGCUUUUCUUUCAAAAACAGGGAGAUUUCUAAGUGACCCUAAACUUAUGAAUGGUAGUGUACGUUAUUUGAGUGACGAGGUUAUGACGAUCAUUAUAGUCCGUAACAAAAGUGCGUCUUUAGCCGAUCAACCCAAUAGGAUUAACAGGAUCAGAUUACACAGAGCCUCUCACACAGAUUUACACCAACAGGGAAUGUAGACAGUCCAUGAAAUAACUGUCUGGAACAUGAUAUAUAGAAAAAGGUUUGACAUGUCGGUCUGCACUAGCAGACUGGUACAGUAGCCCCUUGACAUCUAGGAUAAUGUAAAUCUCUGAUGACACCAUGUUUCCUAGUGCACUACUUUUUGCCAGAGUCAUAUGUGCUAUUUGAGAAGAAGUCUAUAAAUUGCAUUGGUCUUCGUCAGCCUCCUGUAGUAACACUCUCUCCUUUGCAAACUUGUUUAUGACACACUUGUGAUGAUGAAAUCAUCAGAGGAUAACCCUCGAGUAUACAGUAUAUGUCCUAGAUGUUUUUCUCAUGAAUUACUGUGUGUGUGUCCUAAAUCUGCCUAUGCUGACACCAUGCUGAGUUCCAUGCACGUCCCUAAUCCUAAGAGAGAAGCUCUUAAAAGGGUCUGUGCCUGCCUCGGGGGGGCAGAGCACACCACUUCUCAUCACCAGGAUCUAUUUCCUCCAUCUAUCUAUCCAACCUUCCAGCUAGAAAUAGCUCCUCUCAUAGAAGGCAUAGUGCUUUCUCUUUCCUCUCUCCAAAUACCAGAGAGGAUAGAGAAAGACACAAACUCCUGUAGAGACACAUAGACAAACAGAAACACACACAAACACACACCCCAACAGCCGUCGCCAUGAACGGCACAGAGGGCCCAAACUUCUACGUGCCCAUGUCUAACAAGACAGGGGUGGUGAGGAGCCCCUUUGAGCACCCUCAGUACUACCUAGCUCCACCCUGGAAGUACUCGCUCCUCGCUGCCUACAUGAUCUUUCUCAUCAUCACAGCCUUCCCCGUCAACUUCCUUACGCUCUAUGUCACGGUGCAGCACAAGAAGCUACGGACCCCCUUGAACUACAUCCUGUUGAAUCUGGCUGUGGCUGACCUCUUCAUGGUGGUGGGAGGCUUCACUGUGACUCUGGCAACAGCCCUACAGGGAUACUUCUUCCUGGGGGUCACCGGCUGUAACGUUGAAGGAUUCUUUGCCACUAUGGGAGGGGAGAUCGCCCUUUGGUCUCUGGUGGUAUUGGCCAUCGAGCGCUAUAUCGUGGUGUGUAAACCAAUGACCAACUUCCGCUUCAAUGAGAGGCACGCCAUUGUGGGCGUGGCCUUCACCUGGAUCAUGUCUCUCACCUGUGCUCUACCUCCAUUGUGUGGCUGGUCCAGGUACAUCCCAGAGGGCAUGCAGUGUUCCUGUGGGAUUGACUACUACACCCCGACGCCUGAGCUGGGAAACACCUCCUUUGUCAUCUACAUGUUCACCCUCCACUUCUCCAUCCCACUGGUCAUCAUCGGCUUCUGCUACGGCCGUCUGCUCUGCACCGUCCGCGCGGCGGCAGCCCUGCAGCAGGAGUCAGAGACCACUCAGAGGGCAGAGAAGGAAGUGACCCGUAUGGUGAUCGUCAUGGUCAUCUCGUAUCUGGUGUGCUGGAUGCCCUAUGCCACUGUGGCCUGGUACAUUUUUGCCAAUCAGGGCACCAACUUUGGCCCUGUCAUGAUGACCAUCCCAGCCUUCUUUGCCAAGAGUGCUGCCCUCUACAACCCAAUAAUCUACAUUCUACUCAACAGACAGUUCAGGAACUGCAUGUUGACCAUAGUGUGUUGCGGGAAGAACCCAUUCGGUGAGGAGGAGACCUCCACCGCCUCCUCCAAAACACAGGCCUCCUCCAUCUCCGCCAGCCAGGUGGCUCCUGCCUGACCUAUGACCCAUAAAGCCUGACUCCUUACCUGUCCCAGCCCAUCUGUGGACCCACCGCCAAGCAGCAGCCUCCGAUAGGCCAAUUUUCUCGAUUUACCUCUGUCUGCACUGCAUGGGUGUGCCUGUUGUACCUGUACAUAUAUCCCUCAAUGUGACCAAAGCAUAACAAACCAAGAAACAGUGCUUAGUUGGCUUCAUCAAUCGUUUACUGGAGUUGGUAGAAGUUGCCUCAAACCACUGAUUAUUUUACUCCCCUUUUAAAGGUUAUGGUUAGGAAUAGGGGUUGCAUUGUCUGAUACCAGGCCUGUGGUUAGUGCAUCUUGACUUCUACCUCAAGCACUUUAAGCAGCACCUCUGGGUGUCAUUUUGGUGGCUGUCCAACUAAACACGUUCCAUGGGCUCCCCUCCCAUUAAAACACAUACAAUCAUUUAGUGUUGAAGUGAAACCUUCAAAUGCCACAAUAUUUAAAAAAAACUACGCCAACUUUUGUUUACAUAAUUGUUCAGCUUAUGCCCCUUAAAUACACUUUAAAGUAUCCAUUUUUUAAAUUAACACUUAGGGUAAAAUACGUUUUAAAUUGGUUUAGAUUGUGCCUACCAUAAAGCAUUGAGGAGAGCUCUCCCCUGGUUUCGGUGUCUUUCCCAUGAUGAGGCUGAACGGGUUAGUUCUUAACACUUGGCUCGGAAAAGGUCCUGAAUGUAAACAAAUGGACCUGCAUAGAACCUCUGCAGAAAGAAGACACCUCCUGAGAGUGUGUGUGUUAGUGUGCGUGUGUGUAUGCGUGUAUGUUCAAAAGCUCUGGAGACAGGACUAGUGUUAAUAAUGUAAAGAUUAGGAUGUUGUACGUGACGUGGAAAUAGUUCUUAAAUGUCCUGGAAUAAAAAUGACGAUAAAAAU